GUCGUGUAGCGAUGGCGACAACAACAACGACGACGCACCAACAAGUGGCAGCGCUGCUGUCGCGAGUGCGCAACUUGAAAGCGCAGGCGCCGGAACAUAUUGAGGAGUUGCAGCAGACAGAGCGACAGCUGGCAAAGGCCAGAAGAGAGUUUCAAGCGUCCCUGAUUGCGGCGUUGGAAGAGAACGACGGUGGAGGGUUUGGCGAGGAUGUUGUCGUCAGCGGGACCUCAUCCACGUUCAUGAACGAGUCGCCACACGUGGACAAGAACGUGUCUCGGCGAUCCAGCGGUACAAUGCAGCGCACAUCACAGCGCGCGUCACAGCGUCACCAAUCUCCACAGCACAGCAGGCCAUCGACCUCGCCGGGCUCGAGGCCGUCAACAUCAACAUCGGCAUCUGCACGCCACAAGUCGCGAGCGGCGACGCGGAGCACGGGCGGAGGACGGACGCCCUCCAGCACAGCGAGCCGCACCAGCCACCACAGCCACAGCCCAAGUGCACCGUCACGCACGGAGGGCAGCCAGCACGGCAGCAGGUCUCGCGACGCGUCGCAGAACCAGAGUGUCAUCCUGCGGAGGAACAGGAGGUCUGCGGGGUCCCAGCACUCGCCCGUCGGCAACACACGCACCGUGCGCAGGGGGUCUGCAGCCACCCUCAACAAGGACAUUGGCGAUCUUCGAUCCACCCUCGUGUAGGCGCUCAUCGAAGGCCUUCCGCUUUGCGUAUCUGUUACCACUUGCACACCAUGGAGCACUUGCCUUUCUUAUCGACACUUACAACAUGCACGUAGACACGUAGACACACAGACACACAGACACACACAAACACAAACACACGCACAGACACAAACACACACAUGCGCGCACACUCCAUCUCUGCCCUGCUCUCAUGCAAUUGUUGUCUGUAUUGAUUACACGCGUU